UGAAGGAGGUUCCUGGGUUGUUUUGGAAGUGCUCGGACCACGUGGAGACGCAAGGUAACUUUUCCGUGAUCUGACUGUAGCUUUAUAACGUCCACACUGUACGCCACACUCACUUGACGCAACUUUCCCCGCCUGUGGUGUUUUGAGUUGCACAAACAGUCGACCCAGUGUUGUGAGAAAUGUCAGCGGGAGGUCAGACCACCAGCAGCCGGGAUAUCCCGGCCGUCAGGCGGAUCACCAUCCACGAUUCUGCUCACAUGCCCCAGGACUACUCCACGACUCCCGGAGGGACUCUGUUCAGCACUACGCCAGGAGGUACCAAAAUCAUCUACGACAGGAAGUUCCUCCUGCAGUGUCGGACGUCUCCUCUGACUCGUACGCCUCCCAACCUGCCUGACAUCCCAGGAGUCACCAGGCCGCUCAAACCCAACUCCUCCAGCAACACAAACCAGCCUGAACAGACUCCCAGCAAUACCAACCUGCAUACAGAGGAGAGUGCAGAAGAUCCCCAGUUUGAAAUGGACAUCUGAAGAGAGUCAGCUACAAGGAUAAAAGUGAUUCCCAACAUUGUCAUUGCUUUUUUGUUUACUGGGAUAAAAAAAAUCAAUUGAAAUGUGAAACCUAGUCUUACUAAAUGUAAUCCACUUUCAGAUUUGUUCUGAAAACAAGAUGUUUUGCUAUUUUUGUAAUGCUUAAUAUGUGUUAAAAUGUUGUACUCUUAUGAAACAACACUAACUGAUGCAUAAAAUUGUUUCUUUACUUUGAUGGCACUUGACUUUGUAUGACUUGACAUAUUUGACAAGUAAGUCAAAGUCUUUUUAAAAUUAAACCAUUAAUAAAUAUUUGAUGUGA